CAAUGCCUCUCCUCCUCGCAGUGAGGAAUGCUAACACCGUUGUGACAAUAUCGGAAGAGGAUCUCUAUAAAUACACGAGACAUCGCUGGGCAAUAAAUGGAUCGUCCCGUUUGGAGGAACGGUACCUCAAGUUUAACCUUCAAGCACUAUUAGAGGCCGCAGUUGCAGCAUGCUUUAGCAAUGGGGCCCGUUGUUGCACUAGAAUUUUGAAGUGUAAAGAGGGAAUGAAUAACAAAGCAUAUAUCCUCACAAUGGAUAAUGGCGUUGAAGUGUUAGCAAAACUCCCAAAUCCAUGCGCUGGGCCCUCCUUCUAUACAACGGCAUCGGAAGUUGCCACCCGCACAUUUCUGCGUGAUGUCUUCAAUAUUCCAAUUCCUCGCAUAAUCUCGUGGUCUGCGGAUCGGAGCAAUGCUGUUGGCGCGGAAUAUAUUAUCGAAGAGAAGGCUGCAGGGGAGCUUCUUGGAAACUUUUGGAAAGCCUUAGACACAUUGCCCAUGAAUGAUCGAAUGGCCAUUGUGGACGAGAUUUUAGAAAUCGAGAAGAAACUCACGUCAAUAAAGUUUGUUAAGUCUGGUUGCAUCUAUUUCAGGAAAGAUAUUCCAAACAGCGAACCCCUCCAGACUAACCCGCCAUUAUCAUCUCAAAUACUAAACUGCUUCACAAUGGGACCACUUGUCUCGAACGAAUUCUGGAGCGGUCAAAAGGCUGGAAUGGAUCUCAAUCGCGGACCAUAUGAAAAGCCCGAGCAAUUUAUCGAAGCGAUUGCACACAAUGCAAGAAAAUUUAUAGAGAAAUACGCUCAUCCUCGCAUGAACUAUCAUCGUUCUCUUACAGAACCAGAGAUGCCACACGAAAUGCUUAAUCUCAUAGAUCGGUAUCUUCAAUUGGCUCCAGCAAUGGUGCCUUCUCAAUCGACCGAGGAUAUCGAUAUCCACUCACCGAUACUUUGGCAUCCAGACCUUCAUCCUAAUAACAUUUUUGUCGAUCCUGAGUCGAAGAAAAUAUCACACAUAAUUGACUGGCAAUCCACAUCGAGUCUCCCCUUAUUUUACAACCACCACGUUUCAACCGUAAUCAAGCACCGUGGCCCUGCACUUACAGUGCUAGACGACCUGAAUUCCUGGCCCGAGCCCCCACAGAACUACCACAGCAUGCCCCCGGAUGAGAAAACAUACAUUGAUAACGCGAUCGCCAGUGAGUUCCUUCACAAGUACUACCUGUCUUCCACACGAGUGAAAAUCCCAAGGCGAUGGGCCGUCUUACAGAGAGUAGACGAGCUGAAUUCACGCACUGAGCCUGCGGGUUGGGUCCAAAGCGCAUGGAGUGAUAACGACACCUUUUUCUUUCGCCGGGCACUGAUGCGCAUUGCAAAUCGAUGGGAUGACCUUUGCCCUGCUGCCGGUCCCUGUCCUUGGGUCUUCAGCGAGGACGAAAUCGCUUCUUACGAGCAUGAGAAAGAGACCAGAGGCUACGUUAGCACUAUUCUGACCUACUUUCGAGAUAAUUGGGCCGUGCCUGCGGAUGGACGCAUAGAAGUUGAACGGUUUGAUGAAGUUCGAGUUGAAAUGAAGCGCAUGAAGGAUCAUUUUGUUGGCAGCGCGGAUGAUGAAGAGGAGAAGGAACUUGCUGAGAAGAUUUGGCCGUAUGAGGAUCGUGCGGAUGCUUGAAUCUGAAGAUGUCUCGCCCCCUACAGACGGGAUUAUUUCUUCCGAGUCCACAAUGAGAUGAUGAAGAUGUCGCUCGACCAAGUGCUAACGGAGUAAGCGCUCGCUCCGACCUAAGAACUAACUUUAGGUUCAAGAUAAACUCAAGCAACAAGCCUGGCAUUCAUAUUAUAUAUCCGCUACCUCUAAGAGAGCUUGUACCUUACCUAAUUCACAGGCCGCUACCCCUUACGCUAGGCUUUCUAG